UUAAUCGUAAGUUGUUCAUCUAAACAUUAUUCUUUGCAAUAACCUCGUGUUAACACUGACAAGUGACAAGCACGCAUGAUAAAGCGGCUUAUGUUACAUACCGCAUAGUACAUAUUCACAUUUUUUUAAUUAUCAUAGAAUAUAUUUACUGUAGUUGUAAUUCUUUUUUGUUUUUUUAAUUAUUUUGAAAUAGUUAAAAUUUCUUUGUAACUUGUUGGUUUUUAUGUUUAAAUAAAUACAUUAUUUAAUUAAACACAAUUCAUUUAGUUAAAUAACAUACUGUUUGAUAAUAUGGAGUCAACUGAUGUCAAAAGUGUUGAAAAUGUUAAUGAUGAAGUUGAUUCAAAAAUUCUCAAACAGCUGGAGUACUAUUUCAGUGACACAAACUUACCAUAUGACAAAUUUUUACAGAACGAAAUAAAAGAAGAUGAUGGUUGGGUUAAAAUCAGUGUUUUAUUAACAUUUAAGCGAUUAGCUUCUAUUUCUAAGGAUCCAUUGGUGAUUGCUAAUGCAAUUCAGAAAGCUACAAGCAGUAUUGUAGAAGUAAAUGAAAAUAAAGACAAGAUUAGGCGUAAACCAGAGAAAGUUAUACCUAUUGCUGAUCAAGAAUAUCUAAAUGAAAUGAUUGAACGAUCUAUUUACUGUAAAGGUUUUCCUAAAACGGCGACUAUGGAUGAAUUACUCGAUUAUGCUGCAUCUUUGAAAGAUUUUAAAAUAACUAAAGUUAUCCCAAGGAAACAAAAGACAAAAGAGUUUAAAGGUACUCUUUAUUUCACUUUUGAAACUAAAGAGCAAGCUGAAGCAUUUUUAAAACUUGAAUCUGUUAAAUAUGGAGAUGUAGAGUUGGAAAGAGAGUGGGAAAAAGAUUUCCUUGACCAAAAAAAAGUUGAGUAUGAUCAAAAACUUGCUAGAAAAGACCAAAAACAAAAGGCAGAAACUGAAAAAUAUUUCAAAAAAGGAUAUUUAAUCAAAGCUGAUAAUCUUACUGAUGCUGUCUCUGUUGAUAAAAUUAAAGAAAUUUGCUCUAGUUAUGAGUGGCAAGUUGCUUUUGUAAAAAUUAAUGAAGAUAAAUUAAGUGCUUGGAUUCGAUUAAAACCAGUUACAAUUGCUGAAGAAUUAUUAAAAAACAUAGCUGAUAAGACUAAUGACCUAAAUAUUACUUUUUCAUUGCCUGAGGAUAGUGUAGAACAAUCUGUAUUAAAUGAAAUGACAAAAGAGAUGAAAGGAAUCCUCCAAAUGAAGGAUAAAAUGAAGAGGGAAAGAAAUAAGAAUAAAGGGGCAAAAAGAUUCAAUAAUAAGCGAAAGAAUGAAGAUAGCAACAGUGCUAACAAAAAACUUAAAACAAAUGGAAAUUAAAUUUAAUCAUUUGUUUGUUAAUAUUUUAUAAUUAAACCAAUAAGUAAAUAUGAUUAUUUGUACAAAACUGAUUAACUACCAUUUAAAAUUAAAACAACUUUGAAUAUAAAUA